AUGCGCUAUCCAUCUGGCAACCUUUACCUCUUCUCCCAUUCUCGCCCCCCCCCCGCCCUGCAGGCCCCGCGCAGACUGCCCCCAUCGUCACCGCCCCCCGCCACCAUCCGCCCUACCCCAAUCCCUGUAUCGACUGCAGCGGUCAACAUCACCACUACCACGUCUCCACACACUGCCCUCGCCGAUGCGACGGCGUCCGAGGUCUCCUCAACUUCAAACGCCUCCACCUCCAGCGAUGUGGACUCGGUUCAUGCCUGUCUACCUAACACAUCUGCCUGGUCGGUCCAUCGCACGGAGAUUGGCGAACCAGUGGCUGGGGCACCCACACACAGCCGCAGCAUCCACCUUAACUGCCUUCGCUUCACCCGCACGUUCACUCACCGCGUGGACCUAUUAGGACACAUGCGCAUUCACGAAAACCUACGGUAG